AUGGCUCAUCAGCAACCGCCGUCCCUUCUUUCUUCAUCGGGAACUAGUUCUAACAACCACAACAACAAUCAUUCCAACACGAAAAUAACAUCCAACAUCCGAUCAUCAACAAGUAAUCAUUGCAUCAUACAAAAUGGUAAUGGUACCCCAACAAGAAAAGAUCAACAAAAAUCGGUUAUUACAAAUGGUGGCAAUGGUCAUGCUUGCCAUGAUGAAACGGAGGAAAUUAUGACGAAAGAGUCUGUAUCUCAUCUACAUCAACAACAAUUGGGCAUUCUCUCGGAAUUGCCAGUGGAAAUACUUUUUGACAUAUUUGAAAUGAUUGAACUGAAACAUGUAAUACGUUUUGCUUUUUUAAAUAAGAAGUUUUGUGCUCUCCUCGGGCGAUAUUUGAUUAGUAAUGAACGAUUUGUAAACAAGUACUUAAAUAGUGAGCCUCAAAAUCGACGGAGUGAUACAUUGAAUUUUCCAUACAUGAUACGUGUAAAUAAUGUAGCAGUAGAGAACACGACCACUACAGCGUCGCGAAUAUCGAGUGAUGAUUUGAGCUGGUUGGAAAAAAUUGGACCUCACCUUUUUGAAAUAAUUUUGGCAAGUUUGACGUCUUCAAUUCAAGAUUCUCAAUUUAUUGAUAAUGGAGAGGCAGUACGAUUGCUCAAUUUUUGGAACGUCAGUUUUAUGCAUUUAUGCAGCAGUGAAAAAAGCAAACGAUUAUUCAAAUCUCUUGGGCUGCGUGUAAAUAAUCCUUUGGUUGAGCGAAUUUAUUUGUCAUGUGGACCACAACGAAUGCUCACGAAUGACAAAAUUACCGAAUUCUUAGACGUGCCAAAUUUUUUAAAUAACUUGGAGCUAUUUCCAUGCGACCGAUUUUCACAUGUACAUAUCAAGGAAAUUUAUUUGAAUGGAUUCAUUGCAACGACACCGAAUGACCUCAAUUCUCUGAUUAUAGGGUGCUCAAAACUUGAAAAGAUUUAUAUUUCAUUUGCCCUUAUUGAUGGAAAUAACACCUUUCCACAGUUACUUCCAUUGGAAGCUCCAAAACAUUUACGAGAAAAUCUCACACAUCUCUCUAUCAGGAAUAUGCCAUCUGUUUACACAAGGCUGUUAUCAGUGAUUGAUAUCUUUGAAACGUUUGAAAGCCUUAAAUAUUUUGAAUAUGAUGAAGUUAGUGGAAGUGGAGGAGUACACCCACAUGUCAAAUUUGACCAUUGUGAAAAUGUGAUUGCCAAGUUUCAAAAAUCAAAUCUUGAAACUCUAAUCUAUAGACCAGCUGGAUCCCAUCAGAGGCAGCUCGCGCAAGCCAAUGAACGCGAACUGAUCAUUGAGGAAAUUAGAGAAUACUUUGCUGGGGAGGAGAAAAUUGCUCCUCUUUUUCCUAAACUUCGAAAUAUUGAAGUAUCGGACUAUCAAAUUGAACGAGAAUGUAAAUAUGACCCAAUUUCAGCUCUAAUAUACCACAUUUUACCCCUCGCUACUCAACAUACAGAAAAUGGCCUAUCAUUGACUCGAAUAUUUGCCCCAAGUGAUUGCAUGACUCUGGUGACACUUUUAAACUGUAACAAUACUGUUUCAGAGAUGAAAUUAGGAGGAAGAGAGAAGAAACAACUGGUUUUUUCUUUUAUUCGCUCCUCUAAUGCUAAAUUCUCUAACCUGCAGGCGUCGACCAUUGUUUUUUCCAAACCAUUCGCAAACUUGAGUCGAUUAAUUUUGGACAAUUUGGAUGAGCUGGAAAACAAUGUGCUCAUCAAUGUAGCCAAGCAUUGCCCAAAGUUGUUAUUCUUGAAAGUCAUUGAUUGCAGUUUUCAACGGGUGGGCACUACACAGAAAAUUCAUGAGUUAGGUCAGCUCAAGUUACAAAGUAUUUUGAUUGAGGGAUGUAUGAUGGUAGAAUCAUCUCAUCUCUAUUCUCUUAUCAUUCACAGCAAUGAAACUUUGGAAAGUGUUGAAAUUAGAUCCUCGACACUGGUGCCCUUUCAAGGAAAAAUUCAACAGAAUGGUCUAGUAGAAAUGAAAAAACUCACAACUCUCUUACUACCAAAUCUUCAUGAGGAGAAUUAUAACGAAAUUAUGAAUAAUCUAUCCAUAUUAUGUGUGUUCAGUUGUUUGACACACAUUGACAUUUUUGGCAAUGUUGGGCAAGGAUUUUUAACUCUGACAGAAACCAAUACAAAACUGCAAAGUGUGAACAUGCUUGGUGCGACACUUCCUCAAGAACAAGCAGAUCAAAUAUUUCAUGUCAUCGCGGAGAGAUCGAUCAGUAUCAAAAAUUUGGAAUUGAAAACGCAUUUAAUCCUGUUUGCUUACUGA